UGAGGGAUCAAAGAGGGAUCACAUUGCACAGAUUAAAGGUUAUUCGUCAACCUCAAACCUUUUCAAACUCAGUUUUCAGUGAUUUAAUGUUACUAUUGCCGAAUAAUGGCGGCACCCCUAAUUAGCUUGUUAUAUUUUGGUAGGCUACCAGGUGCAGGUAAAUUACCCGCGCGUUCAUGUGCGCGCCCAUGGUAGAUGGUCCUCCUGGAGCUGUGUAAGCUGACACAGGGCUCAAAGCUUUCAGAAGCUUCCUCAGCGUCUGCUUUAACCCUGUAGUAGUUCCAACUACAGUCUGAGCUUGAAUACACAAGCGAGAUCCGGGAGCCGCUCUACUUGUAAACGAAGGAAAGCGGGGGAAAGUAGGCUAACAAGGAAGUACGGCUCUUGUGGGAAAAGUAUUAUAUUUUAGUUGCUCGUUUAGCGUUUGUGUCUUAGCACUUGACAUCUCAACGCUAGGUGGAGGACAGCUGCCAAUCUGUGACAGAGUCAUAGAACCGAGGCGGACGUUUGCUUUCUGCCGUGGAAGAUGGCAUCAAAUGACUCCCGGCUCCAGCAACAGCCCUCCCAGAAGGAUGCAGCUGAUCAAAACUUCGAUUACAUGUUUAAGUUACUGAUUAUUGGCAACAGCAGUGUCGGCAAAACCUCCUUCCUUUUUCGAUAUGCAGAUGACUCCUUUACCUCUGCAUUUGUCAGCACAGUAGGCAUCGACUUCAAGGUCAAAACUGUCUUUCGCAAUGACAAGCGGAUCAAGUUGCAAAUCUGGGAUACAGCAGGGCAGGAGCGCUACCGUACCAUCACCACAGCUUACUACAGAGGAGCCAUGGGCUUUCUGCUCAUAUACGACAUCACUAACCAGGAUUCUUUCAGUGCCGUUCAGGACUGGGCAACACAGAUCAAGACAUACUCAUGGGACAACGCUCAAGUGAUCCUUGUUGGUAACAAGUGUGACCUGGAGGAUGAUAGGCUCAUUCCCACAGAAGAUGGCCAGAGACUAGCAGAGGAGCUAGGGUUCCAGUUCUUUGAAGCCAGUGCUAAGGACAGCAUCAAUGUUAAGCAGGUCUUUGAGCGUCUGGUGGACGUCAUCUGUGAGAAGAUGAAUGAAAGCAUGGAGGGAGAUGUUAAUCUCAUGUCCAACCAUGGGAACCAGAUCCUCAAGGACUCGCCUUCAGAGAGCCAGGGUGGCUGUUCUUGCUAGCUACUUACCCAUUUACCCAACACUCACACACAUGCACACACAUUAUACAGUCUUGAACACACACACUGAACAUCUUUACUGUGCCUUAUCCAUGGAGAGUGCCUCUUCCUCUGUCUUCACUCUGGACACACCCAGUCCUUUUUUGUCCCUCCCAGCGCAGCACAAACUAAAGGACAGCUAGCUGAGAUAAUCUUCAUCCAUGGUGUCAGGCCCCUCUCCUGUCCAGGCCUCCUGUGUUGUUUUUACAUAAAAGGGGCCCACUCUGUUUCUGUUGUCUCGACCCAUCAGUUCUGUGAUGAGCUGAUAGCACAUUAGAGCAAGCCUUGUGCUCUGUCCAUCUCUCGAGUCAACUGCCUGACCACUGCUCCUUUAUUUGCAUUUUAACUGAACUGUAUAUAAAACAUUUGUUAGGCAGCUAUAAAGCACAAUAAUGCCCAUGCUUGGCUUUAUAUUUGGCCUCCUUUGUGUUUGACAUUCAUAUAUUGAAUGUGCAUAGGUUGCCUUCAGUUAAGUAAAUAAAUACUAAAAUUGAUUUUUCUUCCUUUCAGACAGACUCAAGUUGCAAACUCAGUUUUUGUUAUGAGAUAGAUAUAAGAUUUGAUUAACACUCCUGUUUUGACCCAUAAAUGCUAAAUGAUAGAUCUUUUUCAAGAUGCAGUUGCUGUGUUUUAUUGUUUAGGGUCCCACAUUAAGUCUGAGUUUGGUGAGUGGAUAGCUUAAUGUUUUUCAUUGUAGCAGUUAAAAUGAUAGAUGUUCAGAGGGUUAUUUGCUUGUCAGAUUAUUAUUGAUGCAUUAUGCUCAUGGUAGAGAGAAUAAAAAUAAGUUUUAUUCCACCUUGAAUGUUUUUAAUGCCUUAGACUUACAAGGACAGAAGACAAUUAGGAAGUUCGCUCAUUCACUAUCAUGUAAGGAUUAGAAAAUAGGUGUCCAGACUUCUUGGACCGAUUAUUUCUGUAUUGCACAAUAAUUAUUGAAUAUAACUUGCAGAAAAAACAAAAAUGCCACUUCUAAACUUUUCAUUGGACUUCACAGUCUUAUAUUCCAUCCAUUCUGAUUUCAACAGCAACAAGAGAGUUUGAAUCCAUUGACAGGAGGCUAAUGUUAAUGUGGCUCUUUCAUGCUAUGUCAGACAUCCCAUCGUGGCUCCUUGUCACUGUUAUGCACAGGCAACUUUUCUCCCAGAACAGUUUCUGAAACAAAAACUACCAUCUGAUAGUUAUAUGCCUGUACAAGGAGUACAUUUGCUGGACAGUAAAACUUCAAUGGUAAGUAAAGAGAAAGACUGGAGUGGUUUCUGUGGUAGGGUGAUAUAUAGAAAUUUUAUAAGCAAGGGAUGAACAUAAGGCUCAGUGGCCUUGAUGUUUGACGUAUGACCUCCAAAAUUUAAUUAGUUCAUUCAGGUGAGCCAAAAUGGACAUUUGUGUAAAGUUGGAAGAAAAUUCUUUAAAGUGUUCUUGAGAUAUCACAAGCAAGGGAGAAACAUUAGGGAAAGUAACCCCAAGAAAGUAACCCCAACGUUUGAGAAUCUAAUCAGUAAGUCAGAGUGGGCAUUUCAUAUAGCUUUAUGAAAAUCUCUACUGAAAUAUCGUUCUUGCAUUUACAACAAAGGCCUGAAUGGAUGGGGGAUGGAAAACCAAAAACAUAAUUCCUCCACUAUUACAGAUGCAGAGAAAUAAACUGAGUUUAUAUCAUGAAAUUUAUAAUAUUAAUCGUCACUUGUUAGAAAAUUGGUUUCAAAAUAAUUGAACAUUUUUAUAAAGUGAAGUCUCAAUCAAAAUAAAGACAAGAAGAAAGUGCUAUUAAACAAGACCUAAAACUGUUUAAAAAAAAAGCCAGUCCAGAGCUGUUUUUGUGUGCUAAUGUUGAGACAGCAGAGUGAUAGUAAAGGUUUGUCUUAUUCACUGUUGGAGUUUGUCUGCCUGAGGAAGUCGUUUAAGACUGGUAACUACUGUGUUAGUCACAUUUCCCUUUCUAUGUCCUCAUUCACCCCUCUGUGCCAGUCUUUUUAUUUACACCAUUCUUCACCAUGCAUGCUUUAACCAGGACAUGUGCAACUCAGAGACACACACAAUGUUCAGAUCACUCGAGCCAUGGUGAAAGAGUCAACAUGUUAAACCUGCUAUUCCCAACAACUUCAUAUUUACAGAGAUGUUUAUAAUCCCUUUUUCUUGUAUAAUGACUGUUUGUGUAACUCAGCACAGAGUAUGUGUCUGUACUCAGAAAGGCAAGAGCACCAAUCUCUUAGAAAGAUAAGUGUGGGCCUCAACUGUAAUGUGGUAACUAUCAGGAAAAACAAUGAGCAGGAGCUUAAUAAUAGUUAAAGAACCUUGGUCACUCUCUCAUUAGUGUAAAAUCUCACGAUUUCAUUAAAUAAAGAAGGUUUUAUUUUCACUCCA